AUGCCAAAGAAAGAGAAGGACCCGAGAAGCUUUACUUUACCGGUUAAGAUCGGUAGCAUGGAACCUAGGGGUGCCUUGGCGGAUUCAGGAUCGAGUGUUAGCUUAAUUUCUCUCUCAAUUGCACAAAAGCUGAAUAUUGAAAUGAUUCCCACAAGAAAAACAAUUCAACUAGCCGACCGCUCAGUCAAACUUCCUUGUGGUGAACUUGAAGAUGUUCCUAUCCAAGUUUGGCAUAUCUAUGUUCCAUGUGAUUUUGUAGUGAUGGAUAUGGAGGAAGAUGUUGAUACUCCUUUGAUCUUGGGUUGUGAAGAUGUUAAAACCUUGGGGGGAGGUUAUCAAUUGCAAAAACAACACCAUUACAUGUGA